UCUUCUACGCAGCGCAAUCUCGCCCGCGUCUCAUCUGCCUUGGCAGCUCGUCCGAAUGCCAAAUCCAUCACGGAAACUGCGCUGCGGCACAUCAUGGCGCACUCGUCAUGCACUUCCGAACUGCACAGCAUAGUCAUUACUCCGUAUGCAGCGGCAGUAACGAUCUCGGCCUCUAUAUUACCGAUCUGCGCACUAACUAG